AUGCGUUUCCACGUUCCUAUCCUCGCUCUCGCGGCAUUAGCUGGCCAUUCCGGAGCCCAUAUAUCGGAUACGUUCUUUCAAAAUGCCUUUCCUUUCCUCUCUACUCGAAAUCUUACCUGUCUGCAUUCCAAACCAUCUUAUCAUCCAUUACUCGUCAUCGCCGUCGUCACCCCGCAAAAUGAAAUAUCCACACUAACCCAUGUUUCUCUAGUACGAGAACAGAACCGCCUCACAAUCGACCAAAUGCCCCCAGCCUGCAAUCUAGCCGCAUGCCUCGGCCUCUCCGGCACAGCAUCCUGCAUCGUCUCGGCGAUUUCCAGCGGAGACCCGGCGGCGUUGCAGCGGUGUCUGGUUAAUGGAUUAGCUCAGAUAUGCUCUUGUGCGGCUUGCGUCCCGCUUGUGGACAAUUUCUUGAUUUCUCUCGGUGUUUGUGUGUCGAAGCCCGGUGGUAAUGAGACGGCUGUGCCUGAGGCGGCCAUGGCUUAUUUUGAAUCUUUUAUGACGAAGGGGAAGACACGGGAGGAGGGGGUGGAUGAUCUUACU